AUGUAUGCAACACAGUCAAAGGCUCAGCAACCGCGGCUCCACGCGGGAAACGUACCAUCACUGGUCUGGUGCUUCACUGAAAGCAACGUUCCUACCUUUGUGCUUCCAAACACGAUAUUUGGCGUGUUGGCUGGCCUGGCGGGGGUCGUUCUGGCGAGCCGCACCUCUCCUACAAGCCUCAAAGUCAUGCUUCUAUUCCGACUACCCUUCAUCAUUCGAUUCAACUGGGUCACGGUGUUCAUUUUUGAUCUGGCCAACCAGCGAUUACCCGAGUCAGUGCAAGAAGACAAAAUCAACAAGCCGUGGCGCCCUAUCCCCACAGGGCGCAUCACCGGGGACCAAACCCGGCAGCUGUUGUUAGCCGCCAUUCCCCUCACUCUGACACUAAACUAUUGGUUGGGAGUGGGCCAGAAAAGUUGCCUGAUCCUGCUGAUCACCUGGCUCUACAACGAUCUCAAGGGCGGAGACGGGCUCCUGCGUGACGCGUUGAUUGCCAUUGCCUAUGGGUUGUUCAAUCGCGCGUCUCUCUUCAUUGCUCUGGGUGGCUGUGCCCUCGACUUGCAGGGGUACAUCUGGGUUGCCAUCAUCAGUGGAGUGAUUCGGACCACCAUGCAGAUCCAGGAUUUGAAGGAUCAACAAGGUGAUCGUUCCCGUGGUCGCUUGUCGAUGCCCUUAUGGCUGGGUGACACGGUCUCACGGCGGCUCAUUGCAUUGUUCACCUUGGCCUGGAGUCUCGUCUGCGUUCCGUUUUGGAAACUCCCACCAUGGGGGUUGUUUGCGCCCUUAGGAAUGGCAGUCUGCGUAGGGCUGCAGCUGUUUUCUCAACGAUCGGCUGCGGCGGAUGCCUUAGCUUGGCGCUUGUGGUGUUUGUGGUUGGUGACGCUGUAUUUACUACCAUUGUGGGCUUCUUGGUCCGGCCACUCAUCGCGCUAG